GAGAGAAACUCAUGCUCGCUCGUAGCGGUCCAUGUCGUACCGUCCGUACCGAGUCCGACCCACUCGUCAGUAGGUGCUGAGCCUUCGACGAGAAUCGAUCACUCUUCUAGCGGGUCUUGUUGAGAGGUGGUGCGGUGUUUUCUGUGUGUAUUCUUGUGCCCCGAGGCCGAGAGUGCGGUGGAGUGUUCUUUCCUCCUCCUUCUCCUCUUCUUUCGAAAGAGCAUCAUUGCGCGACGGACCGACGACGUCGCGUUGUGUUUGUGUUUGUGUUCGUGUGUGUGUGCGUGCGUAAAUUACCAAGUCGAGGCGAUGGAAAAUUGAUAUUUUUCCUCGAGUGCAGUGAAAAUCCGUCGAAGCGAACCGUUUCGGUCGUGCUGAAAUUGGCCAACCGCUAUCGAAGAAGGCCAAAUUGAUCAACAACCGAAGAGACACAGGGUUGGACGGUGUCAUUACGAAGUGCACGCAUUUUCGGGUGUUAGUUUCUCUCCCCUUCGCCGUAGUUUGGCGACAGCUCGCGGGCUCCUCUGUUUCGUUCGAGGGAAUCCAUCUUGCGCUCAUGCGCCUGAUUCGUCGCCGUCUUCGAUUCGAGUGGUGGUGAGCUCUUUCCCAAUAAUACUUUUCAUUCGGUCGGUCAAUUUUGGUCAUUGUGGGACCGAGACGUGACCCCCUAGGGCUUUCCAGGGCUUGGUGGCUGAAAACGGUGCCCUCCAGUGUGACUUAGUGGUAGUGAUCAAUCCUUCAUUUUCCCGUUCGUCAAGUUGGGAAGAAGAGUGUUGUAUUUUUUUCUACUCGCACCUUCGGAAAAGAAGGGAGUUGUGCAAGUGAGAGAGAAGGAGAGAAGAAGCGAAAAGGUGUGUGCGAGACGAUACACAAAAAGUCGUCAAGCAGGACCAGGAGAAAGUUGCAGUGCAGCAACCAUCACCAGCAUCAUCAUCAUCAACAUCAACAGCAGCAGAUUUUGUGAAGACGAAGCGACUUGCAUCGCCGAGGAUCCAGAGUGGAAAUCAGAAGCAAAGUCCAGCAACAUCACAGCUUUGACUACCUCGCAGGGUGGUGAAAAUCUGUGCGUGGAAAACCCCCAGCUUAUUAGCUGGCAACCCUGUCGGCAGGCGACCAAGGGGGUGCCUAGAUUGUUCGGCAGCAAUUUUUGUGUGCGUGCCAAGUGAGUGAUGCAAAUGGGGCUGCCCCGUAUGAUCUGACUGGAUCUCUCUCUCUGGCUAGGUCCUUGCAAUCGGUGCACUGUUAGUCGGUGAAGAAUUUUCCUCGGGUUCGGUCGGGUGCCACCCUUCGUAUCAUCGCUGGCUGGUGGGAAAGCAAAACAAAUCGAUUUUUCCGCCGUACGUACACGGUGCCUGGGCCUGAUAACCAUCAUCCGAGAGAAAAGUGCUAAAUUGUUAAUUGUUAUGGCCGUGCAUCUUUAGCGUCGGGACGUUAGCAGCUGUCAAGUGUAGGCUGACAGCUGACUGCGGUGUUCGGUUGUUCUUUUCGGAAAGUGUCUGACCCCUUCAAGCGGCGGUGCCAGGAAGUGGGUGCGUACGGGUUCCGAUUCCGGAACGGUGGGAAUUCGGAGGUGUUUCCUUUUGUAGUGUUGUUCGAUUAACGCACCCUCUGGUGGUUGGCUGGUGCUUUGUGUUGUUACGAGUGAAAUGCGGGUGAAGAAUCUACUAAACGGAAAGUGAGUAAAUCGCGGCAAGCUAGUGCAAGGGUUUACACUCGUCGUCGACGUCGUCAAUCGAUAUCGAGCAGUGCCCUUCGACUUCGUCGUCGGUUGCUGGGCAGCGGAAAGCACAGGGCUGCUGCAAUUUGCAUCGAAAUUUUCCUGCAGAAUCGAGGGAGAGAACGGGUGUGGGAUUCUGCAGCACCAAGACAAGCGCAGUUUCCUUGGCGUGCAGCACACCAAUACAGAGGCAGAAGGCGGAGAAUAGUAGGCGAGAAGCAGUAGCAGUAUCAACGAUAGGAGAUUCGUAGGAGGCCGAGCGGUAGCGGAAGACUGGCGAAAAAUGUCGUCCAAAAACAUACCUGCUGAUAAGGUAAGAAUCCCAUAAAAAAUGAUUCAGCAAAUUUUCAUUCAUACGUAAGUAUUCACGAGACAGUAACAAUCAGCAUUACUACGAAACCACAAGUGGUCCAAAUAUUCAAAGUAGCAAUCACGCGGGUAUUCAGCAAGACCAUGCUGAGAGCUACGGGUUCGAUUCCCGGUCGAUCCAGGAUUUUUCGAUGAUGAAAACAUUCUUGUCUUCUUUGGGCAUAGAGUGUUAUCGUGUCUACCACAAGAUAUAACACGUACACGUUGCAGUUGUCGGACGUCAACGAUUACCAUCCUCGAAAACUCUGGUUUAAGAUCAAUCUUUUUUUUCUAUAGAAUGGGAGGUGGUUCCUUGGAUUAUGUGGGGAUCGACCCACUAAGAACUCAUUCUCUCCCUUACGUUCGAGGUACGCCCGUUAUGGAUGACUUCGAGAACGGGACCAGCUAGUGCCAUAAGUUUCCCUCUCUCCCCUGAAUGUUUGGGUCCUAGCUAGUAUGUACUACAUAUAUACUACCCGUUGGACUCAUGCUCCCGGAUGAGGAGGUGGGCCAACUUAACUUGCUGUUGGUCGGUCCGCCAUUUUCUCUGUAGUUCAAGUACAAUUCGGGAGACCAUGGAAGUAACGGAAUCACAUUUGUCCGCCCUGUACAUAUCCUUUCAACAAAGUUGUCCGAAGUGAUAUCUCUGCCGCAUAUCUCCUGCAUACUCGACCUUUGCUCCACGAAGCGUGGGCUUUCAAAGAGCACAUGCUCUGCGGUCUCGUCGCAGUCUGCGCUUUCUGGACAUGCGGGGGAGCCUGCAUAUCCGAAUCUGUGCAGAUACCACCUAAACACCCUGGCAAAAAUUGUUUCAAGUGAAAAUCCACCUCGCCAUGGGGCCUGCUUGUCCAUUUGGACACGCUCGGUCUCCUCUUCUCUCUUCUCUCUUCUUGGCGUAACGUCCUCACUGGGACAAAGCCUGCUUCUCAGCUUAGUGUGUUCUAUGAGUACUUCCACAGUUAUUAACUGAGAGCUUCCUCUGCCAAUGACCAUUUUGCAUGUGUAUAUCGUGUGGCAGGCACGAAGAUACUCUAUGCCCAAGGAAGUCAAGCAAAUUUCCUAUACGAAAAGAUCCUGGACCGACCGGGAAUCGAACCCGUCACCCUCAGCAUGGUCAUGCUGAAUACCCGUGCGUUUACCGCCUCGGCUAUAUGGGCCCGCGACUAUAUGACACGCUCGGUAUGAGCCUGUAUAUCCAUCUACCUUUGCUGGGGGAAUCCCAUUCCCUCUGUCACUUCAACACAGACAAUGUUCUGGCGAUUCGUUUCGCGCCUCUUAUGCCGCGUCACUCGAAGCACUCUUCGUCCUCUGUCACCACCAGGGUUGUGAAAUGCCACGAAAGUGUCAAGAAAAUAUUGUCAUGACAUUUUCUAGUUCUGCCAUUUCCAAUGCAAAUUCGAUGUCAAAAAAACCUAAUGACAUUUUUGUGACAUUUUACAACCCUGGUCACCACUAGUACUCUGGGCAUCAUGCCCGCUUGCACAAAUACCACGUCAUUUGAGACAGUGCCAUGGACCGUGCGGUAUGCGCUGACCACCCUAAGGCACAUCAAUCUGUGGUUAUUCUCAAGUCGCUUCACGUUUCGGUUCACUAUUAGCACAUUUGACCAUGCAUCGGCGCCAUAUUACAUGACCAUGCAUCGGCGCCAUAUUACAUGGAGCCCGCUACUGCCACGAGCAGCUUACGCUUAUUCGAGGCUAUUGUCAAGCUAUUUGACAUUAUCUUUGCCAAUGCCAUUAUCGCCAUACUUGCCCUUUUGCAAAUCGACCACGUUCUGAUUGAUGGACGGCACUUCUCCGACAUUAUCGACGUCAGGACCUAUCGUGGCGCUAGAAUCGACUCUGAUCACUACCUGGUGAUGGUUAAACUGCGCCCAAAACUCUCCGUUAUUAACAAUGUACAGUACCGACGGCCGCCCCGGUACGAUCUAGAGCGACUGAAGCAACCGGAUAUCGCCACCGCAUACGCGCAGAAUCUCGAGGCAGCGUUGCCGAACGAGGGUGUGCUCGAUGUGGCCCCUCUAGAGGACUGCUGGAGUACAGUCAAAGCAGCCAUCAGCAACGUAGCCGAGAGCACUAUCGGGUACGUAGAACGGAGUCGACGAAACGAUUGGUUCGACGAGGAGUGCAGAGCGGUUUUGGAGGAGAAGGAUGCAGCGCGGGCGGUAAUGCUGCAGCAUGGAACCCGACAGAAUGUGGAGCGAUACAGACAGAAGCGGAAGCAGCAGACCCGUCUCUUCCGGGAGAAAAAGCGCCGCCUGGAAGAAGCGGAGUGUGAGGAAAUGGAACUGCUGUGCCGUUCACAAGAAACACGGAAGUUCUACCAGAAGCUCAACGCAUCCCGCAAAGGCUACGUGCCGCAAGCAGAAAUCUGCAGGGAUAAGGACGGGAGCCUCCUGACGGACAAACGUGAGGUGAUCGAAAGGUGGAAGCAGCACUUGAACGAGCACCUGAAUGGCGAAGAGAAUGUAGGCACGGAGGACCAAGGCAGCGAAGGAAAUGACUAUGUUGGUGCAGCAGAGGACGGCAACGAACCAACUCCCACGCUGAGGGAAGUUAAGGAUGCCAUCCACCAGCUCAAAAACAACAAAGCGGCUGGUAAGGACGGUAUCGCAGCAGAACUCAUCAAGAUGGGCCCGGAAAAGUUGGCCACCUGUCUGCACCAGUUAGUAGUCAAGAUCUGGGAAGCCGAACAGCUACCGGAGGAGUGGAAGGAAGGGAUAAUCUAUCCCAUCCAUAAGAAAGGCUACAAGUUAAUGUAUGACAACUUUCGAGCGAUCACCAUUUUGAAUGCCGCCUACAAAGUGCUAUCCCAGAUCAUCUUCCGUCGUCUUUCACCUAAAGUAAAUGAGUUCGUGGGAAGUUACCAAGCCGGUUUCAUCAACGGCCGGUCGACAACGAACCAGAUCUUCACCGUACGGCAAAUCCUCCAGAAAUGCCGUGAAUACCAGGUCCCAACGCACCACCUGUUCAUCGACUUCAAAGCGGCAUACGAUAGUAUCGACCGCACAGAGCUAUGGAAAAUCAUGGACGAGAACAGCUUUCCCGGGAAGCUUACCAGACUGAUAAGAGCAACGAUGGACGGUGUGCAGAACAGUGUAAGGAUUUGGGUGAACUAUCCAGUUCAUUCGAAUCUCGACGGGGACUACGACAAGGUGAUGGACUUUCCUGCCUACUAUUCAACAUCGCCUUGGAAGGUGUUAUGCGACGAGCCGGGCUCAACAGCCGGGGUACGACCUUCACGAAAUCCGGCCAAUUUGUCUGUUUUGCGGAUGACAUGGAUAUUAUUGCUAGAAUAUUUGGAACGGUGGCAGGACUGUACACCCGCCUGAAACGUGAAGCAGCAAAGGUCGGACUGGUGGUGAAUGCGGCUAAGACAAAGUACAUGCUGGUAGGUGGGACUGAGCGAGACAGGACAAUCCUUGGCAGCAAUGUUACGAUAGACGGGGAUACUUUCGAAGUGGCAGAAGAAUUUGUCUACCUCGGUUCCUUGCUUACGGCUGACAAUAACGUGAGUCGUGAAAUACGAAGGCGCAUCAUCAGUGGAAGUCGUGCCUACUAUGGGCUCCAGACGAAUCUGCGGUCAAAAAAAAUUCACCCCCGCACCAAAUGUACCAUGUACAAGACGUUAAUAAGACCGGUGGUUCUCUACGGACACGAGACAUGGACGAUGCUCGAGGAGGACCUGCAAGCACUCGGAGUUUUCGAGCGACGCGUGCUAAGGACGAUCUUCGGCGGAGUGCAGGAGAACGGUGUGUGGCGGAGAAGGAUGAACCACGAGCUCGCUGCACAUUACGGUGAACCCAGCAUCCAGAAAGUGGCCAAAGCCGGAAGGAUACGAUGGGCAGAGCAUGUUGCAAGAAUGCCGGACAACAACCCUGCAAAGUUGGUGUUUGCUAACCAUCCGGUUGGUACAAGAAGGCGUGGAGCGCAGAGAGCACGAUGAGCGGACCAGGUGGAGCGUGAUCUGGCGAGUGUUGGGCGUGAGAGCUGCAGCUGCAAAUCGAGUGUUAUGGCGGCAAAUUGUUGAUUCAGUAUUAUCAUGAAUUUGAUGUUAACUAAAUAAAUGAAAUGAAUACCCUUUUGCAGGAAUAUUUCACGUAGCUUCCGAUUUUCAUACAGUGAUAGACAUUCGUUUAGCCGAGGCCAAACAAUUUUCUAAAAAGUGUAAGGAAACUCAUACAAAAGAUUUUAUGAUAAAGCUUUUGUAUCGUAGUGAUAGUAUAACUAGUACUGUUUUAUAAAAAAAAUGUGAUACAUCACUCUUACAUAUACACUGAAACAAAAACGAGGGUAAAACCCUUCAAAUGUCAUUUUUUUUCCUAGACAUUCGUUUAGCCGAAUUGUAAAAUCAGAUCGACUUGUAAAUCAUGAAUUGGAUCGUUUUUGGAAGUAUUGCCAUAUUAAUUUUGCAUGCAUCUCAUAUAAAUAUGCCAUAAUAUUGUAAAUGUUUCCAAAUUGACAUUUGAUGUAGUUAUUUUUAUCGAAAGUGUUUCAAAAGAAUCUAAUGAAGGUUUCAUGACGAGUGCAAGUUAAAAAUUUAUGAAAAACAAUGUUUUUAACAGAAAAAAAAUAACACAAACCAUCAAAAAAUCACGUAUUUAAGUAUUGUUUUGAUGAAAUAUGAUGGUUUCACUUGAAUAAAUCACAGCGUUUACUACUAAUACGUCUUCUAAUAGCUCCCAAUAUCUUCUAGACUGUAUUCUGGUUGAAAUAACAUACAUUGCACAAUGGUCCGAAUCCACGUUUUAGCAGGAAAAAAAUCCGUAUCUCUGUUUUCGUUAAUUUUAGGCGUUUGGUGUCUUCAGAGAAGUUGUUUGCAUUUGUUUGCUGCAUCUUUUCCAAAAAUUGUUGAUUAGGGUGGUCCUCGUCUUAACUCAUAUCUGGAAUAGAACUUUUAAAUUUUAAGUCAUACGCGUUCGAGUUCUUCAGCAAAGUUGUAGGCAAUACUAUUUCGAGCAACUUUGCCGAAUACGCCAUUUACCUAGCUCUUAAUUUGAACAUAGUAGGUCAAUUUUAAGUUUUGACUUAGGGUGAGCCACCCAAAAACGGUGUUUUCGCAAUAACUUUUUUAUUUGAUUUUUUUCGAAGAUGUGAGCUUCGGAGCAUUUGAAGAGUAAGUAAUGACGCAUAUUUGUUCUGAACAUUGCAUGUUGCUAGGUCUUAUCAUUCAAAUGUUAUGGGCAAUUUUCGCUUAAGAACAACAAUGUUUUAAAAUGCUUAUAUCUCAUAGAGCUGGUAAAAUAAAAAAAGCUCUUUAAGCGGCAUUUGUAAGGUCACAUAUAAAGCCAAAUUUGGAGCAAAAAUUACAAGAACGUUAUUUUUUUAAAUUGGAAUAAAUCGACUCCAAAAAUCGCCUUAAGAAAUCGAAAAACUACAUAAAACUCAUACAAUUUUAAAGAUAGAGUCAAACUGUCUUCGGAAAAAAUGUGGGUUUUUACCAUACCUAAAAGUUUUCCAUACAUGACUUUUUGUAAAACGUGAAACAAAAGCUUGAAAUUGAUCAUUUGUUUUUAAAGAUUAUAAUCGUUCUGAUUUCCUAGAAAAACAUAGCAUGUACCCCUAAGAAUCAAAUUAUCAAUUUCAAGCUUUUGUUUCACGUUUUGCAAAAAACUCGUGUAUGGAAAACUUGUGAGCAUGGUGAAAACCUACAUUUUUUCCAAAGACAGUUUGACUCUAUCAUUGAAAUUGUAUGAGUAAUAUGUAGUUUUUUAAACUUUUAAGGAGAUUUUUGGAGUCGAUUUAUUCCAAUUUAAAAAAUAACGUUCUCGUAAUUUUUGCUCCAAAUUUGGCUUUAUAUGUGACCUUCUAAAUGCCACUUAAAAAACUUUUUUUAUUUUACCAGCUCUAUGAGAUAUAAGCAUUUUAAAACAUCGUUGCUUUUAAGUCAAAAUUGCCCAUAACAUUUGAAUGACAAGACCUAGCAACAUGCAAUGUUCAGAACAAAUGUGCGUCAUUUCUUGCUCUUUAAAUGCUCCGAAGCUCACAUCUUCGAAAAAAAUCAAAUAAAAAAGUUAUUGCAAAAACACCGUUUUUGGGUGGCUCACCCUAAGUCAAAACUUAAAAUUGACCUACUUUGUUCAAAUUAAGAGCUAGAUAAACGGCGUAUUCGGCAAAGUUGCUCGAAAUAGCAUUGCCUACAACUUUGCUGAAGAACUCGAUCGCGUAUGACUUUAAAUUAAAAAGUUCUAUUCCAGAUUUCAGUUAAGACGCGGACCACCCUAAUCAAAAAUUUUUGGAAAAGAUGCAGCAAACAAACUCAAACAACUACUCUGAAGACACCAAACGCCUAAAAUUAACGAAAACAGAGAUACGGAUUUUUUUUUCCUGCUAAAACGUGGAUUCGAACCAUUGUGCAUUGGACGGCUCAUAAUUCGAGAAAUGGCACGGAAUGUAUUCAAAUUUCUAGCAUGAACUACUUGUUUCAUAAUUUAGACGUUCUUUUCAAAUAAAUCAUGUUAAAAAUAAAUGUGGUUCACAACUGAGACACAUUUGUAAUAUAUUUCUUCAGAUUGAAUGAAAUAAGCAAAUUGUUUGACCAUAUCUUGCAUUUUUGUAUGAGCAUCUGCUUUUAAAUAAAUAGGGUACAAAAAAUCUGACACUUCUUGCAGUUCUUUCAAUUAGCAGUCUUCUAACUCAUUUAUCACGGUGUGCCAAAAACCGUUAUUAUCAAAUAAAAAUGUCCACCAAUUUGGCACCCGUCAUUCGAAAGAUAUACUAUCCUAGUAUCUACUCUGAAAAUUUGAAAAUCUUUCAUCGAGGGAAAUUGAAGUUUUUGCCAUUUGAGCAUAUUGCGUUAUUUCUUUAGAAUUUUCAUAUAUGAGUAAAUAUGCACAUAUAGUUGUUCUAAGGCUGUUUAUGAUUUCAACAAAUAUAUGUACAUUAGUUUUUCAAAUACUUAUCAACAUGUAUGAUAUCCAAGCAUAGUUUCUGCAAAUUUGCCAACAUUUUGUUAGAGGAAUCACAAGUUACAGUAAUUUGAAUAGUUUGCUCUGAUAUCCCAACAUAUUUCCCCAAUAUGUUACCUAUAAUUCAGUUACUUACAUAUAAGUUUUAAACCCGUAUACGUCAUCAAAACAUUUUUUUAGCAAUUUGUAUUGAAUAUAUGUUAUAUUGUUAUAUUGUUGGGCAUAUAUGCGAUAAAUUUUAAACCAUUAUAUUGCUGGGUUUGAUAGUCACGCUGGCUUAAGAGUUUAAGACAUUUAUAAAAUAAUUUGAAAAAGUGUUAGGAGAAAAUCUACCACAUGUUUAAAAUAUUUUCUAGUCUAUAAAUGUAGUAAAAAUGUGUCUUUAACAUGGAUAACCGAUCUUUUUUAAAAAUAAAAAAAAAUAUUCCAUCAGAUAAUUGGAGUUAUAGCUUAUGGUAUUGGGUAUCAACUCCAAUUUAUCAAAAAUUAAGUUAGAUUAUGAGAUUAUCAUAUUUACACCCUUAAACAACUGCUAUGAGGUGUUUGAAAUUGUAACAACAACAAUAUAUAUUAGCAUGGGUAGAAAAGUCAUUUCACUCCUGCACACUUCUUGAGUUCCAUUUUGGCCCCAUAUAAACUGUGCAAAAUUUCAGCACGAUCGGAGAAACUAUAUUUUAGCGCCAGCCGUUUUAAGUUUUCAUACAAUUUACUAUGGGCAAAAUCACCUUUUCAAAGAAGAAUCGCCACAGGUGGCCCCAUAAUCCCUAAAAAUUAGAUUGAUGAAUGAUUUCUGUAGGAAAUUUGACGAGGAAUCAACCCUCUGAACACCGCAAAGCGAUCUAAGGCAUGUGGAAAAAGAUAUUGACUGAAAACCGAAUAGCAUGGCAACGCCGUUUAACAUGUAAGGAUUAACAAUAAAUAAUAAUAUAUCGUCAUUUUAUUGAUCGGGUAAGGCUUUAUGUUUUUUUAACGAACAUUACAUCGCUUUGCGGUUUACGGAGGUCUGAAUUCUCGUGAAGUUUUUUUUUAAGAGAUCACAUCAUUCAUUUUUAGGGAUCAAGGGGCGAUUUUGUUUGAAGAAGUAAAUUCUUCUCAUACUAAAUAGUAUGAACAUUUAAAAAGGAUGGGCGUUAAAAUAUAGUUUCUUUGAUUGAGCUGAAAUUUUGCACAGUUUAUAUGAGGGCAAAAUGGCACUCAAAAAGUAUACGAGAGUUUUACCAUUUUUUCCAUAUAACCG